CUUGUUGGUUUUCCAUCCUGAUGUUAACAGCGCAAAACGUAGACGAGACACGAGACGAGAGGACGACUCCACAAGCGCUGACUUUUAACAAUCUUUAUUUCAAGAAUCAGUUGCAGUAUUUGCACACUCUACCCACCACGGUAGCCCAAUGGAGCAUUGCGCUAAGGAACUCAGGUCGCCGGUUGUAUCCCGGCCACGACGGCCGCAUUUCGAUGGGAGCAAGAACGUGAACUACCAUAGGUGGUCAAAAUUAAUCCGGAGUCUCUCACUACGGCGUACCCCAUAAUCAGAACGCGAUUUGGGCACGAUCGGUUCAAUUUUAUUUUCAGUUUCAUGCCGUAACUUUUCGCGGGCGUUCCAAAUGUUUUUUUUUUUUCUUUGAGCAGGUUCACCGCAAGCCUGGCUGGUAUUAUGGAUUACGGCAACCGUAUUGAAGAGGCGAACCUGAUCUCUCACGUGGUACUCAACAGCAUUCCCAUCAUGGAGCCGAAGGAUGUUCCAUUCGACCUCGCCGCCAUUUUACUCGACCCUCUGUUGUCCCUGAUGAACAUAGCCGGUGACUGCGUGGGAGUUGUGGUGGUGCAGAGUGUCAUGUACAGGGACCUCUCUGUCGAACCGAGCGGCCUCGGCGACUUCGACGAGGCCCCGCCGACGGCGCACUCAGCGCACCCAGCGGCCGCUGUCACGUCCAACGAAUAUGACGUCUCUUGCGAGCCAUACUUCCGCAAUCGCCGUUUCCCGACUCCGAUGUCCAGUGAACAGGAUGACGUACCCCAGCUUUUUGGUCAACCGGCAGCCAAAGAACGGAUAAGCAUAGCGCCACCUGUUCAAGCUCCGACGCCCAAAGAACCGGAAACCUUGACUCCGCCUGUUCAACCACCGACAAACCAUGAGCAGGACAACUUGUGCACGCCGUCAAGCGCUUUGGUAGCGGAGAGCAGGUGCCAGUCUCACACAUGACAUGUGUGAAUAGCGUAGUCAACUUGACCGUAUCUACUACCAACACACAACCUGAUGCCUGUCUUCACGUCUGCAGUGAAUGUGGAACUUUCUACAAUAGAUUUAUUGCCGCGUUUUCGAAAAAUAACCUAGUUGUAUUCAAAUGGUUGCUUCUUGUUUUCAAUAUUGCCAUUCGUAUUUGCAGUACCUGCGAACUGUGAAGGUGGCCUCUGAGGUUGCGGUACUACCGCACCUAUAUAGA